UGUCUUGGGCAACUAGAUGUAGGUCUUGCCUUCCACAGCGGUGAGGAACACCAGGGAGGUGCAGGGUGAGGGACAAAAUGCGUGGUACAGUCUGGGACAUGUUGAGGCAAGGGUGCACGUAGGACAUCAGGUAGAGCUGUGUAGCUGGGAGUUGAAUGUCCUGUGGUGACAGGACGGUCUGUGCUGUAGAGAUAUGGACACCAUAGAAGAGAAUGGCAUCACCCCACAAGGGGAGAAGAGUAGGGGACCAAGGGGGGAAGUUGGAGGGACCCCACUAACAUUUAAGGGAUGAACCAAAGGAGAGGAAGCCGAAGAGAUGGCCAGACAGGCAGGAGAAAAGCCAGGAGCGUGAGGUGUCCCAGGAACCUAGGAGUGGUCAGCCGUAUCCAUGCAUGCUCGCAGGCUGGAUCAGGACCGAGUAGGUCAGUGGGGCCCCCAGGGAGAGCGGUUCUGGGAAGAAAUGUACCUCGGUGGGGUUUGAGGUGACAGUUGUUCCAAAGGGAGAGGUGAAUGGGAGUAGAGACAGCUAGUAAAACGUUCAUUCCCCCUCAAAAGCAGCCUUUGGGGAGAAGAAGGAAACAAAAGAUGGGCCUGAUUGAUUAUCAGUGGUGUGAGGGAGGGAAGGCAGGGGAGAGGCACUGCCAGUGAGGUAACAGGAGAAGCCCCAGGGUUGGGGGUGGGGAACAGCCAGGACUGAUGAGGUGAGCAAAAGAGGAAGAGCCACCGGUGCUGAAAGACAGGAAGGAACUUGCCAGGGGCAUGGGGUAGGGACAACUCAGGCCAAACCCAACAUCCGUGAUAGCCCUGUGAGCGGGCCUCGUCAGGUGCCCAGCGUUCAGUCACCUUGCCUUCAGUAGCGACCCCUUGUCUGUGGGUCGGAAGGAAAAUGGCCUUCAUCUGGCUCCUUACCCUGAAGCUGCUUCAAGGGGACACACACUGUACUUAUUUAUUAAGAAUGCAUUCACGAGGCCUCCGUACUUCCACGGGGCUUUAUUCAAGCUCAUCGGAGAGCACUUACCAUGCCAUCUGUCUUCCCUCUCAGUCCCAGCCUCCUUCACCUUUGCCCCACACUGAGCUGUUGUCAGGCGUGGCCUCCACCUGCUCUCAGCCAGGCUCACCUAAGUGCCCUGCGCCCAAGCCGGAGGGCGAGCCCUGGCUUCAGCGACCCCGCAGUCUCGUGGGAGGGCCCACCCUGGUAGCUCAACUCCAAACACGAGAUAGUACAGGGCUGGUGAGGAAAGAGGUGGGAAGGGCAGGGUUAGGAAAGCUGUAGAAAGGAGUCUUGUGGGAAGAGGGGCGCUUGAAGAGCACAGUGGGAAAGGAGGACGCGGUGGGGGGAGAGAACCGCAGAGGUCAAGCACCCAGCUGGGAAAGCAGAGGCGUGUUGGGUAAAGGGUGAAAGAAACCCUUCCUGCACUUCCUACCUACUUCAUCUCACCUACUCCUCCCUGCAACACUGGGACCCAGAUACUGUAAUCUGGCAAUGAGUAAAGUGAACCUAGACAGGCCACAUACUUCCCCAGGGUCAGAGGGCUAGUAAGUGAUGAACUCUGCGUGCGAACCCCAGUGAUCUUACUCCAGAGCCCUUGUGUACAGCCUGAGACCACACUGCCUCCCACGAUGAGCCGCUAAUUCGCUCCGCUGGCUGGUGAGAAACGUAGGAAAUCAGAUGGGAACGGAGAUCGUGAAUCUUCCAUCAGUGCUCUUAAACUACCUGCAUCGUCCAGCAGUUUAGGUGCACAGUUGUAGGAAUGUUUCCCAAACUGGUGCGCCAUGGAACACUGGUGGGGAAGAUACUGCUAUUUCUACUAUGGUGAAACAAGUCUGGGAAAGGCUACGUGUUGUAUUCCCCUCACCCCGCCCCGUGCCUUCCAAUGCCCAUCAGUAAGUGCGCGGGAGAUAAUGCACUUGAACCCAGUACUCGGCCAGCGUCUUGCUCCUCUCACUCGUUCAGCAGCGAAGCGCGGGGUUUGGCAUCGGCUUCCAGCCCCGGCUUCAGUGGUGUGUCCCCCCCAGACUCUGCGGUGGAGAGCCGCGCUACCACCUACCACGUGGCCUUUGGACAAGUCCUUCAAUCUCCACCUUUUUUUUUUUUCUUCCCCUCCCCGCCCCCAAAAACCGCGCAUGGGGGAGGAGUAGAGGGAGCAGGAGAGAAUCUUGAGCAGGCUCCACGCAGAGUAGAGCCGCACCAGGGUCGAUCUCAGGACCCCCACAUCAUGACCUGAGCGCAAAUCAAGAGUGGGAGACUUCACCGACUGAGCCACCCAGGCGCCCUUCCACUUUUCUUAACUGUAGAAAAAGAAAAAAGGAUGGCUGUUCCAUAAGGUCAAGACUGAGUCCCCUCCCUUCUCUCACUUUACCAAUGCCUGGUCUCAUGGGGUUAGUUUUGAGCCCCAUACCAUGGCAUCAUCAUCCUCCUUCCCAGCUCCUCGCUCCCGGUCCAAGAAGCCUCUGGGCAAGAUGGCUGGUGAGUGGAAGCCGACUCCUGAUUCCACUCUUGUUCACAGCUACUGGUUCAGGCAGGUCCUGUCGAAACCCAAGAAGCUGCCGGACUCUGCAGAGAGCAGCUCCAGGGACGUUUCACAGCCGAGCUCCCAGGAUGACCCCCCACCCCUGGGCCUCAGCUCAGCCUUGUCUCCCACCUCCCCACCCACAUGCGUGGGUGAUAGCAGCAGCAGCAGCAGGGGUGGCCGCUGGAGCAAGGACUACGAUGUCUGUGUGUGCCACAGUGAGGAGGACCUGGCGGCCGCCCAGGAGCUGGUCUCCUACCUGGAGGGCAGCACUGCCAGCCUGCGCUGCUUCCUGCAGCUUCGGGAUGCGACCCCAGGCGGCGCCAUCGUGUCCGAGUUGUGCCAGGCACUGAGUAGCAGUCACUGCCGCGUGCUGCUCAUCACCCCAGGCUUCCUGCAGGACCCGUGGUGCAAGUACCAGAUGCUGCAGGCCCUGAGCGAGGCCCCUGGGGCAGAGGGCCGCACCAUCCCGCUGAUGUCGGGCCUCACCAGAGCCGCUUACCCUGCCGAGCUCCGCUUCAUGUACUUCGUGGAUGGCCGGGGCCCCGACGGCGGCUUCCGCCAAGUCAAGGAAGCUGUCAUGCGUUAUCUGCAGACCAUCAGCUGAAACUUCUUACAUCACCAUGGGACCCGGAAAGUUGGAGUGAGCUGAAAAUCGAGUGGAAGAGCCCAGGGCCUCACAGGGUCUCACAGGGCAUCACAGGGCCUUGGAUUCCAGCCGCUGUGAUGAGGUGUAAGGAACUGGAGUUUGUAGCACUUUGUAUGUAAUCCUGGGGUCAGAUUGCCCACCAGGCACCCAUUACUGUGGGCUCCUUAGGAAGGCCAUGGGGAAGCUGGGGACUCCCCCAGGAAGGUCAUGGGGAAGCUGGGGACUCCCCAGGAAGGCAUGAGGAAACUGGGGCCUCCCCAGGAAGGCCAUGGGGAAGCCAGAAAUCGUGGGUGGCAGGAGGUGCUGAUACCAAGAUGAUCACCAUUGUUUUGCCUCCUGCCUCCCUGGACACAACAAAACCUGGCACAUACCUGCAUCUUCUUGCCCUGGAACUGGGCACUGGUCUAGAGAUGCAUCCCCUCCGAAGAGGUGACUCACCCGGUUAAUGAGCUAGAAGCCUGCACUACACGCUUCAGCACGGCUGGUGUCCCCAGUAGCCUGGCAUCAGGAGAAAGCAACAGGUACCUAGCCCGUCACACACUACUGCCCUUGUCCUUCCCAGGAGCAUUGUCUGCACCGGAAGACUACAGGAAAGAUGCAUUCAGCACUGUACCGUAUUUAUUUUUAUUUCAUGUGUGUCAUGAAGACGCAAACCUAGAAACCAUUCUGAAUAGACAGGAGGGAGCAGGGAGCAGGUGGGGUGAAGAGCAGGAAGAGCUCAGCCCCUACCCUACUGCUGGGGCAGAAGCCCAGCCACCCCACCGAUGCUUUCACUCAUAGGGGCCUCAUCAAAGGUACAAGCUUCUUUACCUCUGUACCGAGAGCGGUCAGCAGUUUUCUUCUGGCAGAUGAUUAUGUACCAGGUAGGACAUAAGUCUGUUCUCGAUAAGUCUGUUGUUGAACCGAAAUGAACUUACUCCCCCGAUGGGUACUUUUGUGCCUCUUCUCUUACUUCCCCCUCCCAUGUCCCCUCCUUUCACUGGAAAAAACUUAUACAUAUAUACUUGAGAUAUAAUUAACAUAUUAACAUUAGUUUCAGGUGUUAAACACGAGCUGACAUUUAUAUAUAGUAGGAAAAAAUUUAUAAUUAUGAAUUAUUUUAUUACAUACAAAAAGACUAAAUAUAAUGUUCACUCAUGUACCUUCCACCCAGCUUAAGCAGCAAAACCUUAAAAUCCCUAUGGUGCCCCCUUUGUGCCCUUAAUCACCUUCUCCUCCCUUCUCCCAUUAGAAGUAAUCACCAUUCUGAAUUUUGAAUUUAUCAGUUAGCUUUCCACUUACACAUCCCUGACAGGUUUACCUUUAUAUGGUUUUGUACUGUAUGUAAACGGUAUUACAAUGUUUGUAUUCUACAAAUUCUUUUUGUUGAACACAGGUAAGAUUGAUCCAUGUGGAUGCGUGUAAUGCCAGGAAAUUCACUUUCAUUUCAGUAUGUAAAUAUACCACAAACGGACAUUUGGAUGUUUCCCAUUUGUUGCUAUCAAAAUCAAUGAGCUUAUGAACAUUUUUGUACAUGUUUCCAUGAGUGAGAUUUUCUAGGAUGGGGAACAGCUGGGUAGUAAAUACACAUCUUCAGUUUGGGUAGAAAUCUACCCAAACUGGUAAUGUCAGUUUAUGUUCCUACCAUUUGUGUAUAAGAUUUCCCACUUUUUCAUGUUCUUACUAAACAUGUAGAAUCAUCAGUAUGUAAAAUGUUUGUUGAUCUGGUGGGUGAAAACUGGUAUCCUAUUGCCAUAAUAUUCUUUUUCUCUUUUUUAUGAGAAGUUCUAUGUAUUUCAUACACUAAAGGGAAAGUGAAAAAUCUGAUGAAUCCCCAUAUACCCAUCACCCAGCUUCAACAGUUACCAACUCAGGGCUAAGCUCAUAUCAACAAUAACUCCAAUUCCCUCCCCACCAGAUCCCUUUGAGGCAAAUCCCAGGCAUUAUUUUAUUCUUCUGUAUUAAAACUAUGUAUGUUUUUAGGAGUUUUCAAAAAAAAAUGUAUCUUAAAGAACAGAAAGUUUUAUUUUUUUAAUAUAAAAAACGUUUACCUAUUACUGUAA